AUGAAGUCCUUUGCUACGCUCGGCCUCGCGACCGCCUUCGCGAGCGUUAUCAACGCACACAGUGUUUUCACCACCUUGUUGAUCGACAAUGUCGAUCAGGGCGACGGAACUUGCGUCCGCAUGCCUAAUGAUCCUGGCACCGCAACUGACCCCAUCGCGGGCAUCACCAGUAACGAUAUGGCCUGCGGCAAGGAUGGAGAGACCGCGGUUGCAUUUACAUGCCCGGCAUCUGCUGGUAGCAAGAUGACCUUUGAAUGGCGUCUUAACCCCGACUACUCGGCUCCUGGUAGCAUCGACAAGUCUCACAAAGGACCCUGUGCCGUUUACCUGAAGCAGGUGACAGAUAUUAAGUCGAGCCCCGCCGUUGGCCCCGGUUGGUUCAAGAUCUGGGACGAUGGGUACGAUGAAAAGGCAGGCCAGUGGUGCACGGAGAAGCUCAUUGCCAACAACGGCUUAAUGUCGGUUCAGCUUCCUACUGGCCUCCCCGGCGGCUACUACCUCGUCCGCCCGGAGCUGUUGGCCCUGCACGAGGCCGAUAAGGGCGAUCCUCAGUUCUACGUCGGCUGUGCUCAGAUAUUUAUCGAUGGACCAUCGGGGACCCUCAACGUCCCGGCCGAGGACUCGGUCUCCAUCCCUGGGUACGUCCAGAUGGGCCAGAAGUCGGUGAGCUUCAACGUCUGGCAAAACCCGCUGGACCUUCCAUACCCUAUUCCUGGACCCAAGGUGUUCAACCCCAUGGCCCCGAACGGCGCCGCGCCCAAGGCUGCCUCGUACAACAAGGCCGAGGUCGGCGCCGUGCCGGAUAACUGCCUACUCAAAGUCGAUAACUGGUGCGGCACCGAGGUUCCCUCAUAUAGCAACGAAAAUGAUUGCUAUGCCUCUGCAACGAUCUGUGACAACCAGCUCACGGCGUGCUACUCGGGCGCCGGGCCGACUGGCUCGGCUGGUUGCAAGCUCUGGGAGGCCAAGUGCAAAGGAAUCCAAGCCAACUGCGCGUCUGGCAACCCCAGUGGCCCGCCAAACGCCGGUGCCAAGCUCCAGAGCCCUGAUCGCCAGCUGCCCGGUCCCAUUCCCAGUGCCGAGGAUGUCGUUGACACCGCUGUCGCAUCCGUGCUACCGGCUACUGGUGGUGCCGCCCCGGCCGGAACUCCUGCCCCUUCUGGUACUCCUGCUCCCUCUGCUGCUCCCUCUCCUUCUCCCGCCCCGGCAGCCCCGGCACAACCAGCCAAGGUCAUGCAGCCCGUGCAGCAGGCGGUCAAGCCCGUUGCUGCCGUGCCUGCGCCAGUCGUCACGACAAUGGUGACGGUUUACACGACGGUCUUCGAGGAUUCGCCUGUCCCAGCAGCUACCAACUCGCCCCAGACGACACCUGAGCAAGUCAAGAGCACCAAGCCCGAGGGUGUAGCCAAGUCUCAAGGCAAGACCAAGCCAAGUAGCAAGUCAAAGGCUGUCCACCCGUUUCAGUCCGAGUCCCAAGGCGCGCCCCAGGGCAAUGUGAAGGUCUCUACGACGGGCCAGUGCGGCGCCUCGUCUGGUAUGACGUGCAAGGGCAGCGUCUUUGGCGAGUGCUGCUCAAAGUCCGGCCGCUGCGGUUCAAGCCGUUUCCACUGCGGAGCCGGUAGCUCCAGCACGCGAGGAUGCCAGGCAAGCUAUGGCGUCUGCAAGGGCAACGAUGGAGGCGCAGUCGCCCCCUCCGUGAACGGUGCUUCGGCCCCCACCACUGAGGCGAGCGCGAACCAGGGGACUGGCAGCCAGUUCCAACAGACUGCCGUCAGGAAAGUGCUUGACCAGCUGACUGGUGGGCUCUUCUAGGUGAGUUUCCACUCUUGGAUAGAUGCGAAGGAGGGGGAGUAUGAUGGCCCAACUUUGGAGGGCCUUGCACGAGCCAUGUUUUCGUAUUUUGAGGAGGCAUUCACGCCUGCCGCUCGCUUUUGGCGUGAAAUGUGACAUCUCCUCUUUAUGUCAUUCUCUUUUGUUUCUUUGUUUCUUACAGCGCAUAUCCAUACAAAGUGUCAUCACUUUUGCCAUGUCAAGGCCAGUGUAGACAAUUUAUUUUCUUGUACAUAAAUAGAGACAAUUUGAAGACAUUUCACAUUCCGG